AAAAAUCAAUUGUGUAAUCAAACCAGCGGAGCGCUAUGGCGCAUAAAUGGAAUCACAACUUUCCAAAGAUUGCUCGUGAAGCUGGUUUCGCCAUAAGGGAACUGUCGGUUGGUCACUGCAUCGAUUGGAGGUUUAUCGCUUCCAUUGACCCAUACGCUAUCGUUGGCGAUAAAGACUACGAAAAGCUGGACGAGUUCAUUCCCCACAUCUCGGAGGUACCCAUCGGAACGGUACUGAACAAUCGAAUCCUCGAUCCGGCGAUAGGAAAGUACUUUAUCCUGGCUCAAUUUAGCAUCCAAUAUCUACUAUUCUGCAAGCAGUUCCUAGACGAAACCGUUGUGGAAAUUAGGAAUACAGCACAGGACGUCCAGAAGGAAAACAACAGAUUGGAGAAAAUUUGUCGAAAGAAAAACGAAGAAAUUGUGUCUCUUCAUCGGAAGCUGCAGAGAGUCGAAAACACCCAUGCUCAGCAGGUGGUCUAUCCGUGUUCCAAGUGUACGAAGAAUUUCAUCAGUCUGGAACUACUGAAUGCCCACAUGGCGCGGAAGCACGCGGAGAAAAUGGUGGGUUCGAGUGAUUCCAAACAGUCUGCAGGCCGAAAACUUUCCGAAACGGAUUCAAAUUUAAUAAAUACGAUCAAGCUGGAGCUGGAGGUGAAGCAACUGAAGGAACGAUUGAACGCAGCGGAAAAAGAUUUGAUGGAUCAACGCAGUCGGGACCACCACCGGUGUCACGGGUGCAGCGAUGAACGGGUGAAGGAUAGAGAACGGAAAUCGAAACCUGUCGAGUGGCACAGCGUUGGGAUUCAAAGCAAUCUGGAAGAUGCCAAGGAUGUCAACGAGAAGGAGGUGCAAACGAACAUACGAAGUAAAUCGGAGACGCCACCGAGACUAUCCCCGAUUCCACGCUUCUCGCCGUCCCCGACGCGUCCGCCGCUUCCACCGGUACAAUUACCACAGUCACCAGCCCCAACGCCGUUGCUCGACUACAUCUCCAAGUCCGAACUCGAAGCGAUCGUUCGCGAGCAGAACGAGCAGUUUGAAAGUUGGAAAAGAGCCGAACGUCACAAGUUUAACAACGAAAUCGACAAGGUUCGGCAGAGUCUUACGGAAGCCAUCCAGGAAUUGGAAAAGCGUGAUCGAAUAACGGCAGCGGUCCAUGCAGCUUCAAUACCGAGCGCAGCCAUUGAACGAAAGGAAGACGACGAGAACAUUUGGAAGAUGCGUUACCGGGAACUGGAGCAGAUGUACGAGAACAGUCAGAGGCAGGUUAGGGAGACGGUUGAGAAUAUCGAAUCGGUCUACGAGGAGAAGUUCCGGCAGAUUGAACGAAUGAUGGAACGGCAGAAGGCAACAGUUGAAGCAGUUAGCAUGGAAAGAAAUGAAGCUAGUAGAGGUAGAGUAGCUAGCGAAAGCUCGUUACUGCAAAUCCCAGUACCAAAAAUUGAUUUUAAGGCAUCACUUCCAACACCUUUCACCAAACAAGAUGAAGAAUCUGAAAUCGAUGAACCCAUAACGCACGACGAGUCUGCUCCGGAAGAGCAAUCCGAAAGCGACGAAGAAAUUCGUGCUCUGGAAGCAGCCAAGGCAAAAUUGCUGGCUCGGGCCAAUAUCCCACGGGUCGAAGAACCAAAAGAAGCCUCCGUUUCCGCAGAGAAACCGUUGAUUUCACCGAAGAAGCAGAUUUUGCAUACAUUCAAAAGUCGCUUGAAACUGUUGGGGAUCGAUUCGAAAACGAAAACACUUUCUAAGGAUGAUCUCAAUGUCGCAACCGAAGCAUUGGCAGAACGAAGAGAUGUUAGCAAAAAGAAGAAUCGAGGUUUCUUCAUAACAAGGAAUCAACUGAUGGCGAAAGUAGAUCAGAUAGCUAAAAGUCGAAUGGGAGAAGCGACGAAAGCCAAAGCCCAUUUGAAAUCGGAUGAACAACCGGUUAUCAAAAAGCGUGAAUCUCAAGCUCAGCCUGUUCCAAAGCUGCGAUCAAGCUUCCAAGGGUCCGAACGGAACCCAGUCAUCGAUAUACUUCCAUCCAAAUUGAGAAUAACAACGGAAGAUUAUCUCACUGUUCCAAAGCAAAUCAAUCCGUACGCAAAUAUGUUUAAGGCAAAAUCUUCGUUCAGCGUCCCGGAAGUGAAACUAUCGAGUGAUGAUAUCCUCACAAUUCAAGCGGAGAUCAACCCUAUGACAGAAGCUCUAUCGAGAAGCCCCGUCGCUUCGGUGAGAACAUCUCCAAGACCGUCCAUGUCGGAAUACGAACGACAUUUGGAACGGCUAUUGGACACUCCCGUGAAACGACUGUCGACUCCUCCGGAUGUGAUAACUGUGGAAAGUAGCAGCAGACGUGCGGCGGCGAUGGAAAACGAUUCCGAUUUGAGUGAUAUCUUGGAAGCUGUUCCACUGCAACCAAAGCCGAUUCCCAAAAAACGAGUGCUGUUCAAUUUAGAUCGCGAUAACAACAGUGGAAAUGUUGAGAAGUUAGCUAUAGCAGAACCUGAUCUGAGCAUGACGAAGCAAAUCGGCGCACCGUCGUUGUCCUCUACCGUGAUCCAGGUUUCUAAAGUUGAAGAGGAUUCCGAUUGGAACAUUAGUAGCUUUGAUGACGAAAAAUAACCAUUUUAUCGUAGGUAGCAAUA